AUGAGUCAUUCUCAAUUUGGUUCAAACAAAAAGGUAUCUGAUAUAUUUAACAAGAUGAUUAAACUUUCCGGGUUGAACAUAGAGACUCGUGAACUCAAAGAGAAAACAGAACAAGAUUUGGAAAGAGCAUUACUGAUUCAAACGAUGUUUAUAUCGCAUUUAUAUGAGGAAGAUGGAGAAGUAGGGCAAGUGGAUAUGAAAAAAUCCAACAAAAGCUUUGAGGGUGGCGGUGACAAGGACAAUGAUACGCAGUUUCGAUUAAUUGCUUGUGACCAUAUUGCUCCAAAACCACUAGGGUUGAGACAGUUAUUGAAAGAUGUCGAGAAUGUGGAUAAAAGAGUCGAUGCAGAAAAGGGAGAGCUUGGUGGUUUUACCUUAGAGGAUUUGAAAGUGAAGCAAAUGUAA